AUGCCCAAGUACCUGAGAAACACUCACUUCCAGAACCCAGAAGAUGCCACAGACGGGCCUUUCCAAUAUGCAAACAAAUGCGGCCACGCUUUCGGAUGGCUGUCCCAAAACCCCAAGGUGUUCCAGGCUUUCCACAAAUACGUCCACGCCCUGCGGAUACACCGGCCAAGCUGGACUGACAUGUACCCCGCGGAGGAGCGCCUAGUCAGAGGCCUGAGGGCCGAGGGCGACGCCUCGGCGUUCGUCGACGUCGGGGGCGGCAUGGGCCAGAUCCUCCAGGACUUCCGCGCGGCUGUACCGCAGUACACUGGUAGGCUGGUGCUGCAGGAGCUGGCCGAGGUCGUGGGCGCGGCCGAGGCGGCGGGGGUGGGCGGCGGCGACACGGGGAUAGAGCUACAGGUGCACGAAUUCUUUUCUCCGCAGCCAGUCAAGGGCGCUCGUGCUUAUUUCAUGCGUUCCGUGCUGCAUGACUGGCCGGAUGAGCAAUGUCGGACGAUUCUUCGGCACCUUAAGGACGCCAUGGUGCCGGGAUACUCGAGGAUCUUUAUCAGUGACUGUAUCCUUGCGGACGAGAAGGCGGCUUGGCAGCACAUAUCCAUGGACAUCUUCAUGAUGGCCCAAGUGUCCUCCCGGGAGCGUACUGAGAGGGAGUUCAAGGAAUUGAUCGAGAGCUGUGGGCUGAAGGUUGCGGCCUUCUACAACAAAGGCGAGGGCAAUGAAGGCUUGAUUGAGGUUGUGCGGGAGUAA